UCACAGUUACACAGCGGAAGACGCCACUUCCUCAAACAGACUCGCCACACUCUCCUCCGACUGCACGACGCAGGUAAACACACACUGUAUGUCUGCGUCCAUCUGUUCUCUGGAGCGACACUGAGCACAGGACGCGGGAUGGAGGCGUUCAGCUCCAAGGACAUGGCCAUGAAGGCCCAGAAGAAGAUCCUCAGUCACAUGGCCAGCAAGUCCAUGGCUCAGAUGUUCAUCGACGACAACAGCAGCGAGGUUCUGGACGAGCUGUACCGCGUCUCCAAAGAGCACUCUGGGAACCGCAGUGAGGCCCAGAAGGUGGUGAAGAACAUGAUCAAGAUCGCCGUGAAGGUGGGAGUUCUGUUCCGACAUGACAAGUUCAGUGCGGAUGAGCUGAGUCUGGCGCAGGACUUCAGGAAGAAGCUGCAUCACGGAGCCAUGACGGCCAUCAGCUUCCAGGAGGUGGAGUUCACGUUCGAUAAAAGCGUCAUGAUGGAGCUGCUGGCGGACUGUCGUGAUUUACUGCUGAAGCUGGUGGAGAAGCACCUGACGCCCAAAUCUCUGGAUCGCAUCAGGCAUGUGUUUAACCAUUAUGCAGAUCCGGAGCUCCUCACACACCUGUACGAGCCACAGGGGACGCUGAGCACCAACCUGAGCAAGAUCUGCAGCGGCCUGAACCGCAUGAUCGAGGAGGGCAAACUCUGAACAGAGACUGAGAGAUGGAGAUUCGCAGAGAGACUGAGACAGGGAAGAGUCGAAGACCACAGAGACGCUGCGGUGAAACGCUCGUCUGAUCCGGUGAUUUUCACUAGAACACGUGCUUUAUCCCAGAAUCAGGAGAAUUUAAAGGGAGAGUUCACCCAAUAAUGACUGACUUUCUUCUGUGGAAUGCAAAACAUUGGUUCCCAACUUUAGUCAAAACAUCUUUUGUGUUCCACAGAAGAAAGACAGGUCUCUUCAAGAAAUUAAAAACAAUACGGCUUUUUAAUACAAUUAAGAUUUUGUUUCUGCAAUUUAACAUGAUUUCCCUCCAUCAGUCUUUCCAACUAAAACCAAAAAGAAAUUGAGCAACACCAGACUUUUGUACAGUUCUAAAAUAACCCACUUCUGUUUCUCUUUUCAUGUUUCACUGUAUUUUCUUCAAAAGCAACAGUAUUGAAGGGAUUGAAGUUUAAUAAUAAAAUAUUGUUUUAUUUUAUUUCAAA